AAUAGGAAGAUGGGGGUGGGGGUGGGAUUGGGCAUCACGGUGAUUGCUUCAGUCCAGUACCCUCACUACCAAGACUUCAGGUUUGGGGCAGAGGUAACAUCCGGGAUGAGAACCUACAAGUAGAGCCCCAGAACUUGCCUGGACAGAAUGUUCUCCCCGCCCAGGGGCGGUCGGUGGGCGUGGAUGCCGGCCGGCGUCGUCAAGUCUUAGAAAUAGCCUCAGUCAGCGAGGCAUCAGUGCAGUACCAGAGAGAGAAACGAAAAGGAGACCCGGAAAGCAGACAGUCUCUGGCCCUGAAGGCUCGCUUGCAAGCGUGCGUCUUCAGGCAAAAAAGGUCGGGUGGGGACAGCUCGUUUGCUCGCAGUCAUCUUAGAGCCUCGUGAAGCCUCUGUAGCAUCAAUCACCAGAGACACGGGGCAGCCCCCUAACUCAACGUUGCUCGUGCUGCCGCUCCGAGGGUGGGGACUAUUUAAGCUGAGAUCUGGGAAGAAAGCUCAGGUUUAGAAUCUUUGCCUACGCGUUGCAAGGCUCGGGUUUUUUUUUUUUUGCAAGACUUUUUUUUGGUUGUUUUUAAAGAUCGCACAGCGUGGUUGUAUCCACCCGUACGCAUCUUCCACCCCUUCUUCCGCUUUGUCUUCUGAGGUCUUUUGAUUCCAAAUUUGAUCUGUAAAUUUAGUGAGUUUGGGUAGGGAAGGGGUGGUGCCACACCGAAACCUCACAGUGAAGAUGCCCAUGGAGCUGACUCAGAGUCGGAUGCAAAAGAUAUGGAUUCCAAUCGAUCACCGUCCUUCGUUGCCAAGACGUAGGUACCGAGCCUGUGGACCACAGCUGACCAAUUCCCCUACUGUGAUUGUCAUGGUUGGUCUCCCAGCAAGGGGGAAGACUUAUAUGUCCAAGAAGUUGACACGCUACCUCAAUUGGAUUGGUGUCCCCACAAAAGUUUUCAACGUUGGGGAGUACCGCCGGGAAGUGGUGAAGGAGUUCAGUUCUUAUAGUUUCUUUCAUCCUGACAAUGAAGAGGCCAUGAAAGUUCGGAAACAAUGUGCAUUAGCUGCCUUGAGGGAUGUCCAGUUGUAUCUGAAAGAAGAAGGUGGUCAGAUUGCAGUUUUUGAUGCUACCAAUACCACAAAAGAGAGAAGAGACAUGGUCCUUGAUUUUGCAAAAGAAAAUGACUUUAAGGUGUUUUUCAUCGAGUCUGUGUGUGAUGAUCCUUCUGUAGUCGCCUCCAACAUUAUGGAAGUUAAACUCUCCAGCCCUGAUUAUAGAGAUUGCAGCUCAGCAGAAGCCAUGGAGGACUUCAUGAAGAGAAUUGAUUGCUAUCAAGUCAACUAUCAGCCUCUUGACCCAGAUAACCAUGAUAGGGAUCUGUCACUGAUCAAGGUACUUGAUGUUGGCCGACGAUUCCUGGUAAACCGAGUCCAAGAUUACAUCCAGAGCAGGAUAGUCUAUUACCUGAUGAACAUCCACGUCCAGCCCCGAACCAUCUACUUAUGUCGCCAUGGGGAGAGCGAGUACAACGUGCUAGGAAGGAUUGGUGGAGAUUCUGGCUUAUCCAUCCGGGGGAAGAAGUUCUCUGUUGCCCUGUGCAAGUUCCUUGAGGAGCAGAAUUUGAAGGACCUUAAGAUAUGGACCAGUCAGCUUAAAAGGACGAUCCAGACAGCAGAAGCCCUCAAGCUACCUUACGAACAGUGGAAGGCCCUCAAUGAAAUCGAUGCUGGAGUCUGUGAAGAGAUGACCUAUGAAGAGAUCAAGGAAACUUAUCCUGAGGAGUAUGCUCUUCGUGAUCAGGACAAAUAUUAUUACCGCUACCCUACUGGAGAGUCUUAUCAAGACCUAGUUCAGCGCUUGGAGCCAGUGAUCAUGGAGUUGGAGAGACAGGAGAAUGUAUUGGUGAUUUGCCACCAAGCUGUCAUGCGUUGCCUUUUGGCCUAUUUUCUAGAUAAGAGUGCAGAUGAAAUGCCGUAUUUGAAAUGUCCCCUCCACACAGUGUUGAAAUUGACACCUGUGGCAUAUGGUUGCCGUGUGGAAUCUAUUUAUUUGAAUGUCGAAGCAGUAAACACACACCGGGAAAGGUCAGAGGAAGCAAAGAAGGGACCUAACCCGCUCAUGAGACGCAAUAGUGUUACCCCACUAGCCAGCCCUGAGCCCACCAAAAAGCCUCGCAUCAACAGCUUUGAGGAGCACACGGCUUCUACUUCUACUUCCCUGCCCAGCUGCCUGCCCCGGGAGGUACCCACACAACCUUUACUAGGGAAAGCCUGUUUAACCUGAACCUGAAUAACUCACAGAACCAAUUUUGACUCUUCCUGGAACUCUGAAACAAAUGAAACCAGUUGCAUUCCAUUGCCAUUUCUAAAGCUUGGCUUGUGCUCCUCCAUUUAACCUGAGGCCCAGAUAAUCCCAGCUGCUUCUUCCAUAAACUGACCAAACUGUUGGGUGAGGGCAGGAUUUAUCAAAUGACAAUGCAGUACUUUUGACUCCAAUCACCAACCACCUUGUGGUGACUUAAAGGCAGUGUAUAGCCCUCCUAGUAUGAAGAAUCCAUCGUUUUCCAUUUUCCUUACUUCUUCCUUAUUUUUUCUCAUCAUCCCAUUCUUCAUUUUCAGUGGAUGUCUGUUUGUGGCAACCUGUCUGGAAAGGCUUGAGAAGUAUGGGGAGGGGAAAAUUAGCUGAGAAGGGAAUGUCUGCUUCUUUUCUCCCUUUCUACCUUACCAGGAAAUAUUUCAGAAUGGCAGGUCGGAAUUUCUUAAGGUUAUAGGAAAAUUCAAGAUGGCUGGCCUCCUAAAGAAACCAUCUGCUUUUUUUUUGGCUUGGCUUCUGAAGACAAUACUUCAUUAGGAGUAGAACCAGCAAGUAAUGGCUUGGAGAUGGUGUACCCGAGCAAAAUUUGGAUUUGGAGAAGUAGACGUCUUCCUCUUCAGGAGUUCCAGAGUCAGAAGUCUGCCUUUUGACUAAAGCAAAGACAUUACUCUCCUUUUGUAUGUUUUCAUUCAGAGUCUUUGUUCUUUCUUUAAGCCAGAUGUGAGAAUGGGCACCCAUCACCCCUUGCACAGAGGGGUGUUUUUCUGAGUUUGGAAAGAUGCCAUUCUCUUUGAACUGCUUGUAUUUGCACCAUUGUGGAAGAAGUAGAAUGAGAAAUCCGUACCUUUGUUCCAUGGAACUUGGACGUUGGGUCAUGCAUCAUAGAAGCUGGGUCAGAUUGUGAAGGAAGCAUGAUGAACAGGGAAUACAGACAGGGUUAGGAAACAUCUGCGGGGCAAGGCUUGUUUCCCAAAGAGUUGCAUAGCACUGAUUUGAGACUGGCUUGGUAUGAAACCAGCUGGCUGUGAAGCAGCGUGGUCAGUGAAUUGACCCUAGAAGGUUGGAGGGGGAGGAGGAGGAGAUCCUCUCUCUAGGAUUCUCUUCUCACUGUCGUCUCUUUCAGGCUGGACAGAAUAGCCAGUAGGAGGAAGAAGACUGCCUGGUUUCAGUUAUUGAGCAGCUGCUGUGUCUCUAGCCUUGGGCCAGGUGCUCAAAACAGAGGAGGUGAGGAUGGCUAUAUAAGUUUGACAUCAUCCCUGUCAUGCUAGAGGCUAUCCUAUUUGGAGUGCAGAGGGUGGGGAAGACUUCCAUAACACACAAAUGCCCUUCAAAUGACAUUUCCUCUUUGCCCAGUGUUCCACAAGUGGGAAUAGAAAAAGAGGAGUCCGUAUAGGGAAUGCAUUUAUUUUACUUCAGGGAGGAGUUAAAAUUGGUGGGGAGAGGAAGAGACAGACCACAGUGCCUCAUACCAUAAUCAAUAAACAUUUCUUAAGCGCCUACUCUGUGCCAUGCACUAUGCUAAGCGCUGGGGAUAUAAAAAGAGGCAAAAGACAGUCACUGUCCUCCAGAAAGUUUAGUUCCUGUGUGCUCAGAAUUGUUCCACUGUCACCAAAACAAAACCAACCCAUCAGUGGGGGCUCAUUAUAGAGCUCAUAUCUAAGGCUUAAGACAUGUUUAUUGGCAGCCCAUUAACAAGUAGUCCUACACAUAGAUUGCCAUAAGCCUAGGAUUCCCCCCCCCCUUUUUUUAAACCACCUUGAGUCAUGUCAGCCGCCCACCUUUCCUUGUGAAUGUGCAAGCAGGUACAAGGGCGUGUUUGUAUGUGAACCAUAUAGUUUUGGAUUCACUUUGUUCUUUAUAAUAGGUUUGCUGGUAAUCUGCUUUCUUGGACUCAUUUCUGUUUUUAAUUGACAGAAAGGGGCCAAGAGUAGAAUUUUGUUUAAUUAUUUUGUUGUGAGGGUCUUUAUCUGUAGUGUAUUUUCUGUUUUUUUAAAAUUUAAAACAAGCUAUUUUUUCCUAACAGGAGGAUUUUAAUUUGGGAAGAGUAAGGAGGAUUGAGUAUAUCCAGAGAUCCUGGAGAGAUGCUACUUACCUUAGAAGCUAGUAGU